GCGGACUCACUACCUAACGUCAUGAAACGGGACUUCACAUCCAUAUAAACAAUGCGAUGAUUUUUCAAAUCAGGAUCACGUAUAGAUAAUCUUUAUCAAGGAUUUAUCAAGGAUUGUCAGCCUGCACAUCAGGUCAAUAAAGAUGUCCAAACUGGAGCGUCUGAAUUCCCGAGUGGAAAAGUUACUGUCUAAAGCCGUGCAGGAAGUUCUGGAGGUGGUGAAAGAGACAGUAUCAGAGUACCAGGAGAAAACUGCCCGAACACAGAGAGAGAACAACAGUCUGAAGAGGAGGCUGCAAGAGCUGCAGGAGAGCUUAAGACUGGAAAGCAAUGGUAUUGCAACACAAACACCCCCUGCUGCCAGGCAAUCUAAUGCUGAGAUUAACUCCAUGGAAGGGGACCAGAAUGAAGAACAGGAAGAGGACAUCAAACUUGUUACCCCUUGUGACAGUGCAGCGAUUUGUCUGUCAUAUGACCAUGAGACAUCCGUCACAUCACAAUUCACCUCCUCUCUUUCCUGUGGAGCCACAACCAGUUCACAUUUAAAUGGCGAUAACUUUUCUGAUCCAAGAAUGCCAAAAACAGAGACUGAAAAUGGACUUUUAGCAGUAAUUUCAAACCAUGUGAUAGGUACCAGUGCAGCUGUAAACUCUGAGAAAGGCAAUCCAGUUAAAGAAGAGGCUGUGGUGGAAGAAUAUGUCAUACACAACACAAGUUACUCACAUGGUGAGGCUGAAAGAACAGCUGCAUCCUCACAUGCACCAAACAUAGAGCCUCAUCAGGCCUAUUCAGGACUUUGUAAUGAGACAGAGCUGGUCUUCUGUCUAAACCAGAAUAACACAGAAGAACCAUUAGGUCAAAGAUACAACAAUAUGACCAGAACAUGUGAAGAAAAGCAGUUCGUUGCACAGAAGAACUCCAAAGCUGGAGGUUCUGGCUUAAGAAUUUUCCAAAGAAGCGUCAGAAAACACUACUGCUGCCCACUCUGUGGCCGCACCUUCAGACAUGCAGGCGACUACAAAAAACACAGCCGUGUACACACUGGGGAGAAGCCAUACUGCUGCUCAGUGUGUGGGAAGAAAUUCAGUCAGUCAGGAUAUCUCACGGUUCACCUGCGCUACCACACGGGAGAGAAACCGUUCAGAUGCAGCCACUGUGGCAAAAGUUUUAGUCACUCGAGUAAUAUGAAGAAACACCAGCAGACUCAUUUGUGAGCCUGCAGUGUAUCCAGAUGUUUUUUUACACAUGUUGUUCAUAUUGCUGCCUGUUUCCUGCAACAGAUGAAAGAAUCAUUUAACAGAAGUUACGCCUUUAUAACAUUAAAAUGUCAAGCACGGUCCAAUAUUGAUUUUUUUAAUCUGAUGUUAAAACUAAAUAGACAAGCGGGAAUAUCAGUGUAAAGACUAAAAAUUUCUAUAUAGUAAUUGUCCGAUCUAAAAAAUUACACCUGAGGGUAGGUGUCAGGUAAAUUGAUUAAAUUAUUUCAUAUUCUACUCUAUAAAGAUUCUAAGUGAUUUAUAUUUUGGUUGUUAAAUUAAGAAAAGUCAAAUUUAUUGUUGAAAAAAAUGCUACAGGAAAGAGUCUUUGAAAUGAGACAGUGAUUGGCACAGAGCUUUAGAUAUUCACUCCAAAGAAUGCAGCUCCUAAUCUUGGACAUACCUAGGGAUGAGACACCAGAAGUCCAUCCAAGGAGCUUUAAUCCUGCAAAAAAAAUGAAUCAUAUUUGAUACUAUACAAUUAUAAUUAAUUGGUUUAUCAAAUAUGAGUCAUUUGACUAUCAAAUUUGAUUCAUUAGCAUUUUUGAGUCCUCAGCAAUCCCAUUGAGAUAUUUUUUCCCCCAUAAAACCGGAUGAAUACAACCAGAUACAUGCAGUGCACAAAUAAUGUACAAGGAACAGAGCACACUACACCACCUUGUGAAGUAUUAUUAUGUCAAUUCGUCUGAUGUAAGCAGUUACUUGUUUUAAGAAAGGUGCAGGUAUUAUAAGUUCGCUUCAUCCUGCUCCUUUCCAAUCACUGUAUUGGAAUGAAUAAAUAAAAUGAAAAAUGAAAAUGAAAAAAUAAAGUACAGCAAAAUUUAGGAAAGUCUCUUGAGUGACAGAAAUGUGAUUUUGCAUGAACAUUUUCACCAAUUCUGAAAAAGGUAAAAGAAAAUAAUCUAAUGAAGUUGUUACUAAUAUUAAAAAAAGCAAGUUACAAUUAAAUAAUUUUUUGGCUUUUUUUAUAGUAAAAUUAUGUUGAAAAUAUGUGCAUCCAUCUUGGUAUACCAGGUCAUAAAGGUAAAAAUGUUGGUAUUGAAUGAUUAUUAGCUAUUUCAGGUGGUUUUGUCAAUUAUUUUUGCACAAUAAAGUAAUGUUUUCUCUUUUGCAUAUUAAAUAGAUUAAAGACUUAA